AUGGUCUUAUACUGCGACUCCCAAGUCAUCACCAGUCAGGUUAAUGGUGAUUAUGAAUGCAAGAACGGAAGAAUGAAGAAAUACCUUAAGGAGGUGAAGGGUCGAAUCGACAACCUCCAAAUCAAAUUCGUCCAAAUCCCGAGGGAAGAGAACGAGUGCACCGACCGCCUAGCAAAGGCCACCUCAGCAAAAAACAUGCACGUCCCCGAUCAAGGCAUAUGGCCGGAGGAACUACCUAAUGUUUUGUGGGCAUACCGGACAACAGCAAGGACACCCACAGGGGAGACACCAUUUCGACUAGCAUACGGGAACGAUGCAGUCAUCCCAACAGAAGUAGGGCUCACAAGCUACCGGGUGGACAACUACGACGAAAGUAAGAACGAUGAAGCCCUUCGCUUACAACUAGACCUGGUGGACAAAGUGCAGGCAACAGCAGAGCAAAGGUUGGCACGAUACCAGAACCUUAUGGCAAAGAACUACAAUUCCAAAGUCAGGCACAGAGACUUCCAGGUCGGAGACCUAGUCUUGAGGAAGGUAAUGGGCGCGGCCAAGGAUCCUGCCCAAGGAAAGCUCGGCCCCAACUAG